AGCAAGGGACUGGAGUGAGUUUUAACCAGACUCGCCGGCAAAGCAGGGAGCAGCCAGGAGGCAGCCCCAUGGAGGGCUCCAGCUGCAGAGGGUGAAAAAGCAGGCUCCUGUCUUUUUCUUUUUAUGCCUGUGCCUGGCUGGAAAGAGGCUGCCAGAUGGAACCUGGAAUGGGGGGAUCCUAGGAGGCCAGAGAGGCCAGACUAUAAACAGCGGCGGCGGCAGCAACAAGGACACACAACAGAUUUCACCAGAUAUCGAUAAGAGGGGAGAAAGAGAAGAGGCUGAAGAAAAAUGCAGCUGACACGGUGCUGUUUCAUAUUUCUCAUCCAGGGGAGCAUCUAUCUGCUGGUGAUCUGUGGCCAAGAUGAGGCAACAGAAGAGGAGGAAGAAGAAAGUGGAAAAUCACCCAAAGAGCAACCAAGAUCCCGGGUACAAAAGAAAAAAGGUCAACUCUCCUUAAAAUCCUCCAUUGCCCAAUCUCACUUCCAGAACACAACUCUCCUGGAGUUGGCCUCCACCAAUGCGCAAGAAUUUUGGAACGUCUUAGAGAGCUUGUCCAAGCAGGGCCAAGGUGCACAACACCGCAGCAGGAGGGACUCCCUCACCAGCCCUGGUCGGCUUAAGAAAAUAUUUGGCUGGGGUGAUUUCUACUCCAACAUUAAGACGGUAAAGCUGAACCUCUUGAUCACAGGCAAAGUGGUCGACCACGGGAACGGCACAGUCAACGUCUUCUUCCGGCACAACUCCACUGGGCACGGGAACAUCUCUGUCAGCCUGGUGCCCCCUAACAAAGCCGUGGAAUUUGACCUCGAGCAGCAAAUCUUCAUCGAGGCCAAAGAAUCCAAGGUCUUCAACUGCAGGGUGGAGUAUGAGAAAGUGGACAGAGCAAAGAAGACCACCCUGUGCACAUAUGACCCUUCCAAAACCUGUUUCCUGAACCACACACAGAGCCAGGUCUCCUGGGUUUGCUCCAAGCCCUUCAAGGUCAUCUGUAUCUAUAUCACCUUCUACAGCAUAGACUACAGGCUUGUGCAGAAAGUGUGUCCCGACUACAACUACCACAACAACGUUCCGUAUUACCCCUCUGGGUGACACCGUACCUCUUUGAUCUCAGAAGCAUCACAUGUCCCAAGUACAACUUUGAUUGAGGGUUGGGGCAAGAAUGGGAAAAAGAAACGGGGGCUGCAAAGCAGGGAGAAGAAUGAGCCAUGUCUCUCCAGUGCUAGACAUACCAACAAGCACCCGGCUUCUGCUAAAAGACAAUAAUGUAUGAGGAGAGUUUGAGAGUAUCCAAGCAAACAUACCAUUCUGGGAACAUGUUUCCCCCUUGUCCCCCCUUUCAUGCGUGCAGCUCAGGGGGCCAGUCCCAGACUUUUCAGUGCUCAAGGUGGAAAAGCCAAAUGUCAUCUUCCCAACCCCGUUCCCUAUCGCAGCUGUUUAACAAGGGGAGCAAUCCCCUAGCAGGGAAGUCUACUAUAUAAGCCUCAAUGGGGAUUGUGCAGGAGGAAACUGGUUCUCCCUCUCAGAGUAAAUCAUGUGCUUAGCUAACGGGAGGUGGGAGUGCGCCUUGCUCUAGCCAAGGAACCAUCCGAGGCCCACCUUAAGCUCCCAGUUGCUCUUUAGAAAGCCACAUCUGUACCUGCCCACCCUUGACAUCAAAUAUGUCAGAGGUGCGUGCAUGUGGUAUUUUGGGGAAACUGGCCUUGUGGGCCAAAUUGGGACCCCUGGUGAGCCAAGUCUGGUCCAUGAGCUGGAGGUUCCCCAUCCCUGAACUAAAGGGUGGGUAAUGUCCCCUAGGUCAAGUCAGUUUCCUAGUCAGCUACCCUUAACAGCACCCAAAAUGUGUCACUUGUUUCCUCUUCCUGCCUCAUCACCUUCUGCCCACUCACCCCGCUUCUUUUAGUCUUUUUAAAAAGGCUGAAAAUAGAAAAAGUGGGUUGAGCUAUUGAAACAUUUUGGGUUCCAAAGGGCUGUUGCUGAGUCAUAAAUUGUGCACACUCAGCUCCCUGACACAGAGAUGGAGAGCCUGGGCCUCUGGCUAUAGCAGGUCCUUCUUUCCAAAUCAAUUGCCCUAAGCACUUUUCCACAAGUAAUUUGGUCUGACCCUUUUAUAGCCAAGUCCUAGCCACAGCCUAACAGGUAAGCUUUUCCAGAAGAGACAUAAUUUAUCUGUUGCUACACAUUAUCCAUCAAGCAACCAAGGCCUCAGGGCAGGGAGCACUGCAGAAAAAUAAAUGCAACUCAAAUAAAAUAUCAGUGCUGUCUCUCCAUUUAAAUAAAACCUUACUCCAUUCAUUUUACCACACUUUUAAAAAAAUUGAUUACAUUUGCAUAAAGCCAAGUGGGACAGAGGCAUGUAGAGGUGUGGCAGGAAUCUCAGCGCUCCAACUCAGAUCUAUAACACUACUGGAGGCUGGAAAGCCUGAAGCUGGUUUUGGUGAUCAGAACAAAACAAGGUGGAAGCUAGUAUCCGGUUCUGCAUCCUCAUGCUGUGCCAGCAAGUUGGCAGUUCCCACUUCAGAAAAGACAUUUGUUUUCCUCCAUCCCUCUCUCACAUCCUGGAGGGAAUGCCUCUUCAAGAUUGUGCCAGCAUCUGCUAUCACUGCUCUGAUGUCAUAGUAAAUACUAUCUAAAACGGGUGGAGAGGACACGUGGCUCUCCAGAUGUGAAAGGACUACACUACAACUCCCAUCAGCCCUAGUCAGUAUGACCAGUGGUCAACAGCUGGAAGUCAUGGGUUCCCAAUUUCUCAUCUAAGACACAAGGCACUAUAUAUUAGAAGAGGCAUUCCUCCUUCUCAGAGAAGGGAUGAGGAAAUGCUUCUUCCAAGGUCCCUCCUCCUAAUGUGGUGUCUGCUGCCAGGGUUGGCUCCAGAAAGUGGCGAGGUGGGGCAUUUGCCAGGGCCCCAAGACAGGCCCCUAAUAGUGCUACUGCUUCUAAUUUGCACAGAAUAUUCAAGAACAUCAGUUGCAAGAACUUUUAUUUUGUACAACCCACCUCUUCCAGGUUAGGAGAGCACACUGAGGGUGCCAUUCCCGCCCACCCACUCCAUUUCUGGAGCCAGCACUGUCUGCUACCCACAUUUUUUAAGUACUUGUAUUUUGUUUUUGUUUUUUAAAAAACACCACGCUGAUUCUAUUCAAAAUAAUUAAUUGACUGGGUGCCACAACUCUAUAAAAUGCCUAAUGAAAUAUACUAUACUAUGCUAAAAAUGUAUUACAAUUAGAUCAGUUUGAUUUAAUGCCACCAAACUCACAAUCUUCUUUGAGCGCUUCCAGAUCACUUGGGCUCAAGCCUUUUGGUGAAGUCUCCAGCAGAAGGAAGUUACGCAACAGUCCUUAACAGUAUGCCCCUUUGCAUGCUUACACUCGGCUCGUCUAAAGAUCACCUAAGAGGAGGGCACUCUCUGUUGCACUUAAAGAUUAGGAGAGGACAUGAGGGAGCAGGCACUCAAGGAUCAAACCAGUUCACAGGCAAUGGAUGCAAUACAGUCCCUGCCCAGAUUUGCUUAAAUUUAAAAGAAGCCAAAAGGAACAUGACAGACACAAAGACCCCUCUCACUAUUUCUCAUAGCAGCUUUCUCCUUUGAACUGUCCCAUGCAGGCCACUGUAGACAACCAUCAGUUAGUCAACCAAUCAUCUAUGCAUCUUUGAUAAAACAGGCCUGCUGUGGGGAUGUCAGCCUCAGCCAGCUGUGUAUUUGCUAGUAGUAACUAGGGAUGAGGGAGAAAUUCAAUUCAGUUCACAUUUAAAGCAGAAUUUAUUAAAUUCACACAAAAUUAAUGUGAGAACCAAAACAGAGCCAUCCUUCAAAGUUCACACUUAUCAGAAUUUUGCAAUGCAGUUCUCCAACUAAGCAAUGUUUGCCAAAAUGCAUAUAUUGGGAAAAUGUGCAUAAAAAUGCCUAUAUUGGUUAAAAUAUCCAAAAAUGCAUUAUAUUAGGAGAAACUGCUUGCAAGAUCUGCACGUAAGUCAAAACUGCGUCCCAAAAAUGUGUUUAGUAGGAGAAAUUAUAAUGCUGGAGAAUUUUCACAAGGAUUUAAAAAAAAAUCGCAAAUUGCUGCAGAAAUGAGGAGAACCGAAUUUAAGAUUGGAAAAAUGAGAAAUGGAAAGAACACAAUGGAUAGAUCCUUCCAUCCCCAGUUGCAACCAACAUGGAGAAAAGAUAAGAGAGGGGAAAGAACUUGUUUCACUAGCUCUGAUGACUGUUCCAGGAACCUGCCCUUUUUUGUCAGUCUAGUUGCUGACUACUUAUGUGCAACAUAUACACAAUGCAUUGCGGGGAGGGAACUGUUUGCGCCUUUGGGCAAGAGAAGACCAUACAUAGACAGAUCAGUGUAUACAUUACUCUCUUUAUAUAUUUGCAUGUGUGUUUGAGCACAUGCAUGCGCACAAACACCACAGUAAUAGAAGCCAAUGUUUCUGGAUCAACAAUGAACCUACAUUUCCAUUAUUUUGCCUCCCCAUUUUCAUAGAAUGUGAAAUGUAUACAAGUACUGGGAAGAUGAAGUUCCAAAUGUGAACACUCGCCUUCCCAAAAUGGCAUUUUGGUUGGGUAAAUUCUAAUGUAGAUUUCUGCUCUGGAGGACACUGAAUUCUGGUGGCAAAAAUGGGGGGACGACUCAAAAUUUGUGUAGCUACCCCCCAAAAAAGAAUUCAUUUUUUAACACGUUCACAUUGGGAAAAAGUUGUAAAAUUAGAUUGAAGUUUAUAUAGAGUCAGCAGCACUUAACGCUUUCCCAAUAUACACUGAUGUCUGCAGUGUGUAGCCACUACUGUAUCGUGGAAUGUGAGCACAGGGGGAUCCCUACGGGGCAGUGCAUACAGUUAGACAUGCAUUACCCAGUAUGGCAGAUCCACACAUAGAAGUUGAUUCACAGGUGGAUUUUGCAGUGGCAGGACUGGAACAAUGGACUUUUAAGCCAGAAAAGUAGAGUUUAAAUCCCAGCAUCUCUCUAAACUCGCUGGGUUGCCACAAGCAAUUUACUCUCACCCUGUUUCCCAUCUGUGAAAUGGAAACAUUAAGGACCUACCUCAGAGGAUUGUUGUAAUGAUGGAUGAGAGAAGGAUCAUAAAACAUUCGGUGCUAUAUAUAUUAUAUAAAUGUUUCAUAAGGGUUAUUUCUCUCUCUUGUUCCCCAGGUUUCUCUGGUUUUCUCACUGCCCCUCCACCUUUUACUUUCUCCUGGGAAUCUCCUGCUCCCUUGUGCCAGAUCUCUCUCUCUUCUGCCCCCAGUUUGCACCACACUUCCCUCUUUCUGAAUCAAGUA